CUGGGAGGCAGAGGGUCCGUGAGCACAGUGCUGGAGACACAGCCGCCACCCUCUUCGCCUGCCGGCACGCCCUCCCAGACACGCUUCUCAUCUACGGAUCCUCCCCAACCAGCUUUUGCAAGCUCCCUUCUUCGUGCUUGCUGAUCCUCUUUCCCCUUCAGGCUCACAGCGAAGGCAGCAGAGAAGUGCCGGAUUUGGGCACAUGAGGCCCGCGAUCCUCGGCUUUCGGGAGUCUGUGUCACCUCGCACAGUGUUGGAAAUCAGGCGGGAGGAAUAGCAUGAAGACCCCUUUCGGAAAGGCGGCUGCAGGGCAGCGGUCCAGAACAGGCUCAAGGCAUGUCAGUGUACCUGUUACCGUGAUGAAGAGAAAGGCUGCACACAAGAAGCAGAGGAGCAGACCGCCCUCCCAGCCUCAGAGAAACAUCGUGGGCUGCAGAAUUCGGCACGGAUGGAAAGAUGGAGAUGAACCUCUAACACAGUGGAAAGGAACCGUUCUGGAUCAGGUACCUGUAAAUCCCUCUCUGUAUCUUAUCAAAUAUGAUGGAUUUGACUGUGUUUAUGGAUUGGAACUGCACAGAGAUGAAAGAGUGUCAUCACUUGAAGUCUUUCCUAAUAGAGUUGCAUCAUCUAGAAUCAGUGAUACACACUUAACAGAAAUUAUGAUUGGCAAAGCAGUGGAACAUAUUUUUGAGACAGAGGAAGGUUCCAAAAAUGAGUGGAGGGGGAUGGUCUUAGCUCAGGCACCUGUUAUGAAAACAUGGUUUUACAUUACCUAUGAGAAAGAUCCUGUAUUAUAUAUGUACCAGCUCUUAGAUGAUUAUAAAGACGGUGAUCUACGCAUCCUUCCUGAUUCCAAUGAUUCUUCUCCUGCAGAGAGGGAGCCAGGAGAAGUCAUAGACAGCCUAGUAGGUAAACAGGUGGAAUAUGCCAAAGAGGAUGGCUCCAAGAGAACUGGCAUGGUCAUUCAUCAGGUAGAAGCAAAACCCUCUGUGUACUUCAUCAAAUUUGAUGACGAUUUCCAUAUCUAUGUCUACGAUUUGGUAAAAACAUCUUAGAGGUCAUCUUGAAAUUUGCCAAACAUGAGAGACUAUUUGUAAAAUCUAUGCACACACAAAGUCUUGAUUGUUUUCCAGUUUGUAAGAACCAUCUUCUCCCUUUCUGCAUGCUUUUGCUUGGCAAAACAAAACAAAACAGGAACUUACACUCAGACAUUUUUGGAAGAAAUCUUUUGCCCGUCUCUCCAACCUUUUUUACAGGUUCCUUCCCACAGGAGAAUGAUUGACUUAUCUAAUUAAUGAGAAGGGUAAAGUCCUGACAUCCAUUGGCCCAUACUGUUAUCUUUGGUGGUGUUAAUAGGUUAAAUGUACCAGAACACCUGUUGCCUCAUUCUUUUGGGUGUGUGGACUCUCUUUACUCAUUGAACUAUGAAGCUUCCUGAGAUAUUCAGUAUGACUGGCUAAGUUUCUUUGAAACUCCAACUCUUCCCUCCAGGUAAUUUCAAAAUGUAAUUUGGGGAAGAGUGGGAAUCCCAUUUUGGUCUCCUAAGUUGCAUUUUCAUUUCUAACUGUACUGAAAGUAAGACUAACAUAUUGCUCCCUUUCUGAUUCUUGCAUCUAUUGCUGCUCAACUUGUUUCAAAAUCAAGAGGGCAAUUACUUUUCAUUUUAGUACAUAAGGAUAGGCUGAGAAACCUUAUGAAAUUGAUAAGAGGGCAAGCGUUUGUCAAGGUUUUUCAUCAGUGGCAUUAGGGCCUCUGUUGCCUGCAAUAUCCCUGGGUAGCACCUGUAGACAUGGAGUGGGUUUUAACAAACAGGCUGUGCAGGCAGAUGUUAGCACAAGUAGGCUUUGCCAACCCAAUGGAGCAUUAAGCCAGGCUCUAGCUAGAGUUCUCAGUCACAGGGUAAAGCCUGAGUUUAACAAGUGUUGUCAGGUCUGUCCAGGACCUCAAAAUGAAAAGAGCAAAAACCUGGAAUCAGGCUGAGAUACAGAUUUCUUUCCCAUACCAAGAGAAACUCUGAGAAAUUUUAGAUUAACUUUUAGAUUUGAUUCUUAGGAGACUUCUGAGUCCCAGCAUAUGAGGUGGGCAAGACACUUACUAGAACUAAGAAAGGCUUCCUUGUGUAAACUGGUGCACUCAUCUAUCAUGUUGUCCUAGCAGAACUGUGGAACAUAUAGAAUAGAAUCAGUGCCAUAUGAUCAAUAGGCUUAAUGAUGUUUUAAGAGCUUAAUGCUGGCAUCGGUAGGUAGAAAUCUAAUAGUUACUUGUUAGUGUUUUGUUUUUCAACUUUACCCUGUUUGUUGGCUGGUACUAAGAUACUCAUAUGUGGGUAAGGGUGAGGCCUACUGCAGCAGAAAAAUAAGUAAUGGAAUGGGUAAUGUGCCUUCCAUUAUUGACGGCAUCGGUGAAGGUUAACCAAAGCCUAGGAGAAACGGUUGAAAAAUAAGGUUUUGGAGAGAAGCACCUGGCAAAGGCCAACACUUUCUCAUUGGGUUUCUGUAGAAGUUCCAUUAGCAAUAACAGAUGGGCCUUGGACUUCUGAAAAUUUGGGGCUGGGACUCUGUGGCAACACAAACACUUGGUAAAUAUCUUUUAAAUUAGUUUAAGUUCACAAGUCAUGAACAGACAGACUAGCAUUCUGCUGAGGAUGAAACCAAGAAAGUAGUCUAUUUUCUCCCAUGUUUUCUCUACUUUUUUUUUUUAUAAUAUAUUUUUAUUGAUUUCAGAGAGAGGA